AUGCCUUCCAUCUCAGGGAUUAGUGCAAGAUUAACUUGUCUGAACGAACUUCCAGACAUACAUAUUCUAGAUACACAGGAUGUUUUAAACUCACUGCAAGAGAAAUCCUCAGGCAUGCCAGAACCCCAGACCAGAGAUGCGUACUAUGAUUAUACAACAGAAGGUUAUAAUGACGAUGAAAUUCCCGCACAAAUCUGUGAUCCUCUCAAAUGUCAUGACAUAAUCGAUUGUAUGAUUCUUAAAGAUGAGUUGAUGAUGAAUGAUGAUCCCCAUUCUGAAUAUAUCAUUAACCUUGUUACUACAGUGAGCAAAAUUAAUAUGACAGAGAUCUCAGGUACAGAUUGGGAAUCCAUCAAAGGUUGCAUCUCUAAUGCCUGUCAUGGUGGCUAUCUAAGUAUCAUAAACUGUAUGAAAGGGAUGACAACUAUAUACGGUCUUCAACAUUCAAGAAUGGCUCAUGAAACUAUAAAGAAACUUGGUGACAUUGUUGAUGAUUUAAAGAUAACAAAAGGACGCUGA